AUAUCUUGAUUGGAACUACUUUUCAAGAUGGCCGCCCUGGCAAACCUUCAUGUUAUGACGUGCCUCUCCAAAUAGCCACAGUAUCAUGAGCUGACCUUGGUGGAAUUUUGCUCAAUAUAAUUAAGUGCAUGUUGGUCAUUUGGAUGCUUUCGAUUUCUGGAAUUGUGUCAAUUCGAGCAAGUGUUUCGGGGGUUGUUCUACCGCGUAGAGGAAGGGAGAACGAGCGAGCUUCCUGAUUUCCCCCAAGCUGCCAUUGCCCAUUAGGAUAUUCAUCGUUCCUGAUAACAAGUUGGAUGGGGGGUUUCCCCGACUGCACCCUUUCGUGUUACCUCGCUACAGUGCAUUUAUGAAAGCAAUGAAUGCUAACGAGGUGACCUCUGGCUUUGUGGCCACAACAAAUCGGCAGUUUAACAAUGGAUGAAUUCCAUCCCUUUAUUGAGGCGCUUUUGCCUCAUGUCAAGGCUUUCUCAUACACAUGGUUCAAUCUUCAAGCUGCCAAGCGGAAAUAUUACAAGAAACAUGAGAAGAGGAUGUCAAUGGAAGAGGAAAGGAGGGUGAAGGAGGAAUUACAGAAUGAGAAAGCUGAUGUGAAGCAAAAGUGGGCCUCCCGUUUGCUUGCAAAGUUGCGAAAGGAUAUCACCCAGGAAUGUAGAGAAGACUUUGUGCUCAGUAUCACAAGGAAGCGCAGCCCAAUUUGUGUGCUUAGUAAUCCAGAUCAGAAAGGAAAAAUGAGACGAAUUGAUUGUUUACGCCAAGCGGACAAAGUAUGGAGACUUGAUCUUGUUAUGGUGAUACUAUUCAAGGCCAUCCCACUGGAGUCAACGGAUGGUGAACGAUUAGAAAAGUCUCCAGAGUGCGUUCACCCAAACCUGUGUGUGAACCCACACCACAUCAGUGUGUCUGUGAGGGAGCUAGAUCUGUACCUCGCCAACUUUAUCCAUAGCUAUGUGCCAGACCUAAGGGGAGAUUACAUUGACUUGUCCAUGAAUGGAGACCCAGACAUGAAAGUUCCAGGGAAUAUCCACUCUGGUGUGUCCGGCAAUGACAGUAUUAUGGCCACUGGUGUGUUCUCUGCUUCAGAACUGCUGAGAGUGACAAGACCCUCCAUCAUGAUGACCCCCAAUGGGACCCACCCUCUGUUGCCUCACAGCAGAAUGGACUCCCCCAGCUACUACAACUACAGCCCUCAGGACCCGCACGGGCCCCCAACAAUGGUGCCUAUGCACACUGUGGCCAUGACUAAUGGGCAGCCAUCGGCUCUCAGCCCUGCAGGUAACCCACCAAAGAAACUAAAGCGCAACCACAUGAAUUCCAUGUCCUCUGUUGAUGAUGACGUGGAAAGUGUUGAGAGUGAAGAGAAUCUCAGCGGCUACUACACCAAAGCCCCUGGGGGAGGGCUGGCCCCACACUCCUGGCAAGGGGAGCACAUGGAACCAGGCAUGAGUCAUGGUCCAUCCAUGCACUCCCCUCAUAUGAUGUUGCCAGUCAAACCAAAGCAAGAGCCAGGUUUUGCCCCCGUGUCACCGUCAGGGAGCAUGGGUGGUCAACAUUCUCGCUCCCUUGCUCCCACCCCGCCGAGACCCAUGAGCACUCACACCCCAGGCAUGAUGUCAGCUGGACCCUCACAUUCUCAGCAGCACACGCCACCGGCACCGGGUAUGAACCAAGCUAUGGUGAUGGCUCAACAGGGCUUGAAAUACGAGACUCAACAGAACAAUGACACCUUCUCGGACUUUGUCACACUGGUUUGCCAAGAGGCUCAGAAUUCUCAGAACCAUUCAGGACAGCACUCUCCACCAAUCCGCAGCCCGACGCGCCUGCCUCAGUUUUUCUCCCCGGGCAUGCUGCCCCCACCACCACCUCCCCCGCCGAACCUGGCUCGUCCAGUUGCCAUUUUACAGACGUCUGAUGGGCAUGCCAUUCUGAGCAGUCAGGUGGCUACUUCUGCUGCAGGGAGCAGCAAUGGUUUGGCUCAGGGCAGUGUGUCCAGCUCCCCAAGCACACCCCCUGUGAGUCGUACAGUCAUGUCUAGUCCCUUUACCCUGCUGUCUCGAUCUGAGCAUGCCUUCACUCACAUACACCCUCAGGUCUUUACCUACUCAAGUAUCAGUCCAGUUAAUGCCAUUAGUGGUGUGAUCAGCCCUACCACCCUGAGUCUGAUUGCGUCGCCCAUAGCAACGCCACGAACGACCCCUCGGUCUACUCCAAUUAAUUUCAACUCACGUUGGGGGAACCUGUCGAUGGAUGAGAACAUGGACUACUCUAUGCUGGCCAACAUCAUGCCCACUGUCAACACUGAUGAGGCUCUGUUGGGGGAAGACCGAUAUUUCUCAGCCGUUCAUUCCAGUGAAAGCUUGGAUUCCUCUAACGGUGCCUCCUCCUCUCAAGCCCCACCUACUCAGCAGCAGCAGCAACAACAACAGUCUCAACAACAACAACAACAGCAGCAGCAACAACAACAACCUCAAGCAACACAACACCAGGCUCAACAACAACAGGGAGGUGCUGGUCUGUCCCAACAGCCCCCGACUCCCCAGCAGCCCAUGACGCCAGCGGGCACUGACACCUCGCCCAAGGCUCAGGUCUAGGCUGUACUACAGUCUCUGUAUUCUGUUUUGCCAACUCAAGACUGACCAUGGAGGUACAGUAUGUCAGCAGAAUAAUUAACAAGAUGCUUGAAGCUGUACACGUAUCGCACUUUGGGAAAGUAAAUUUUGAAAAGGUUCCGGAGGAAGCAAAGGUUGUAUUUUAAAAAUGUUUUCUUUUACCACUAGCUCGACUUGAAGUUGACAAUGCUUAUUGAAUAGUUGGCCAUGUAUAAGCUGCAAUGAUUUUUUGGGGGCUGUGUUUUGAAGGAAAAUGAUUGAAGACAGGGCUGUUGAGCUUACUCGCUGCACAUAACAUUUAUUGCUGUGUAAAUAAAAGGGAAAGGUAACAGUGUGUGAAGAAGAAAGUGCUACCUGUUGCUCUGUUUACUUGAUGGGCUGUGUUUUUAGUUAACCGAAGCAAGCUGUGACUUCAAUGGAACUACCUCUUGCUGUGAGCCAGAGGCUACAUGCUCUAGCUCGUGUUUCUUGCCGACUAUGAUGAUGUCCUCUAUGAAAUAAGCCUGUUGAUGUGAUGACUUAUUUAACCACUGAUAUUCGUGAUAUACCUGCCAGCAGGAAAUGGCUGUGAUGAUGGGUUGUUGUUGUGAAGAGCUAUUGUGUGCACUUGACCUUGUCCAUAAGUUGACUACAUCCAAACCAUGCUGCAUAUGUGGCACGGACAAAAGCAACUUGUUUUAAGUAUGGAAAACUUUUGUGUGUUGGGGUGGAUUAGUACAACUGCCUUUGGAUUUGGAUAAUAUGGCUGACUAUAGUGGGAAUGGCUUUGAUCUUUCUUGCUAUGUUCCCUGGACUGUCACUUUUGUCUUUGAACUAAAUUGUGCACCAUAACAUUUGGUGCAGAUUUUCCCACCAAGGGUUAUCCAUGAAACAGUGUACUACAUGAGCAGUUUGCCACAAAUUUUUUUAAGAACGUUUAGUUUGUGGAUGUAGUUAAUCAUCACAAGUUAGUGGACGUGCUCCUUUAAAAAAUCCAGCGCUUCCCAAGUGGGCUGUGGCUAUGGAGGUGGAGGAAAUGGUUGAUAUUGACUGUACGGUGACACGGAAUUACAUGUCUUUCAGGCUGAUUAUUGGUUUGUUGAUUAUUUGGUUUUAUUCCGGGAUUUUCUUUUUUUUUCUUUUUUUUUUUUUUUCUCUUAUGUUAAAACUAAACUGAUGAUUAUUAUCCACACAGUCCUGGUAAUGUACAGUUUGAUAUUUAUAAUUUGUAUAAUUAUAAUCACUACCGCUGCUAACUCCUUUAAUCAAUCAAUAACACUGGUUGACAUAAAUAUGCAAGCUUUAGCACUGUGGGGUGAUGAUAUUUAUUUUGAUUUACUUUCUUGCAUUUGUAUUAUGCAUACCGUAAUGUACCCAUUUGGUUUUAUGCACGAAUAAGUUGUCUGCUUUUAAAAUAUGAGAACGUACUGGCUGUUUUUUUUUUUUUCAGAGGAGAGUUAAUCGCUGACUGGAUUGAAAAUGAAUCAUCUUCCUCUGUAUUGUUAUACACUUUUCAUUCUCAUAUACUUUACAUAACUUUCAGUAUUUGGUGAACAUGUUAAUCACAACCGGUUACUUCUCAGCACUCGUCCCCUCUCGUUACCCAGUUAUUUAUUUCAACCACAGGAUGGGUGUCUUCAUCAGAGUGAUACGACUAGUGAAUGGUGUGUUUUCUGCUCUGUUAGGUAGCAGUGUUCUGACUGAUGUACCAGAAAAUUUCACGUAACCUUCAUGGCUAUAAAGAGCAGUGCUUAAUGUUCCAUACUGAUAUCUUUUAUAAAAGAGACUUCAGAUCUACAUUUCUACGUAUCAUUUUUACUUGGGAACGGUUGUUUUUUUAAAAAGAAGUCUUUACAAUGUAAUGAUGAUUCAUAAAGCGUUCUGUUUGAGCACUCAAAAAAGUUUUAUGUUCUUGUUUAAUAGCAGUAUUUUGUUUAAAAUUUUGUUGUACAUUUUGCCUUUAGGUAGAAUGAAUUUGUAAACUGAUCUCACAGUGUGAGGCAUUGACGUGGGAAGAACUUUAAAAUUUAAAUUAUGCAUAUGUUGGUCUAUUUUAGGCUUUGGUUAAUGCAUUUUAGGUUAUUGUAGAAAACAUCCUGUCUUUCAAAAAAUAAAAAUGAAACAAGCGUUGGCAAAGGUCAUAUUAAAUGAGGUGCUUGAACUUGUGUUGUCUUGGAAUGUGGCUUGUUGGUGAGGCUUAAACGUUUUGUAAUUGUUUAAUUUAGCCUCAUGUAGAAAAAUAUGUGUAUCAUCUUGGUGAAAUCGGUACUCAUUAAAAUAAUGAAAUGAAAGAAUGAGGGAUUUUUUUUCACGCCCGUUCGGCAAUAUUUAUUAAUUUUAUAUUUUUGAACCACCUUUUAUGUCCAUAUAAAACACAUUUCUGGAUAGAUUUUUACUGAAUAAACAUAGAUCAAAGUUUUUGAAAAUGUAAAUUUGCUGUUAACAAGGACACUCAAGCUUUGGGAAUCACCUCACUUUGGUAGCCAUUUUCUGACUAUCUUUACCUGACACCUGGUUUCCAAGCUGCUACCUUUUUGGCCUAAGUCAGACUUGGGCCAAAAUGCAACUGAUGAACCACUGGACUCCUUGACAUCUGCUUAACAUACUGAUGUAUAAUUAAAAAUAUACUCCAAACCAUUUCAAAGAAAAUUAAAAAAAUGUAUUUGGCCUAAGUCAAAAGUGACAUUGAUUUUUGCGUGUUAUUUGGUCUAAGUUUGACUUAGGCCAAUUCGUCUCUCAUUCAUUUUUGUUUUGCCUAAGUCAGACUUAGGCCAAAACAUGGGAAAGUUUAUUACCUUCAGUCUCAGAUCUAAAUGUCCAUUUCAAUCAAAUUCUUUUUAAAAUGGCCUAAGUCAUUCAGAAUUGAAAAAAGCACCAAAAAAAUUAUGGCUCAGGUCAUUUUGCAAAAUGGCCUAAAUCAGAGACAACAGUCACGAAAUGGCUCAAGUCAUUUUGCACAACGGCCUUAAGUCAGAGGCCACAGUCAUGAAAUGGUCUAUGUUAGUCAUGGGCUAUCAAAGUGCAUUUUUCACUUACUGAGACGGUUUUUUUCAAUUAUGUUGGAAGUGUAAAAAAUGACUUAGGCCAAAAAGGUAGCAGCUCGGGGUGGUGACCCCCACCUCACUCAUAGCAAAUAUCUCGUCCUCUAUUCAAAAUAGAAAGGUGGUAUUUUUUUCAUCAAAAGCAAGACAAAUGAAAAAAACUUAAAUAUGAUAUAAAUAAUUCCGUACGCUCAAAGAUUAAUAAGUGCCCGAUUCCACCAUGUCGUGACACAUGUCGUCAUCCUUCAAAGUAAAAUAUUUCCAGUCACCAAUUUUUACAAGUCCUCUGUUUCUUCUGUACUAGAUGUUUUUUGACUAGAUGUAAAAAUUCCACCCAAAAUUGGAGAGAGAGCAAAGGACAAAGAAGAAAUUGUAAUUGCUUAGAGACAGCUUUGAAUUUGUUUUCUUUCCCUCACUGUUUGUUGUUGGUACAGCAUUCUCGUUUUAAGGCAUGCAGACCAACUCUUUUGUGUUCCAUUCCUUUCCGUUUGUCCUCACCAAUUUGCCAUGUUCUCGUCACUCUUCCCCCCCGUUUCCUUCCUUCAUAUCAAUGGUCUGCAAUGGUAUUAACUCAGAUUAUAUAUUAUAUUAUACAAUAUUGUGUAUGGAGUUUCUCCUUGUUUUGUGUCCUCUCAUGUUGUGAAAGGAAUGCAAAUUGGCGUGCAGCCUUGCGCUGCACAGCUAACCAGGCUGUGAUAUCAAUCCCCCUUUUUUGUACAUUUUGAUUUCAUUUUUUGGAUGCAAAAGCAACAAAAGCAAGAUAAAUCAUGCCUUAUUUGAUGGGUUUGGGAUUUGUCUUCAUUCUCUUGGAGAUACAUAUUCACUGCUGUUUUGCACUCAGUGAUGCAAAACUCUGUGGAGGAAUCGUGUUUAUUUUUUCUUGGUGUUCUGUCUCUAACGUUGGUGUGCUUUUCAUUCACCUUGGCUUUAGCUCUUCUUGCUUGGAUGUCAAAGAGUUUUUGUUUUUACCUUGUAGUGAUGGAGAAAGCUUGUGAAAAUACUCACCAGUGCUGAGGUAUUAAUUGUUGACUGAGGUUGGAUUCUAACAGCUCUGGCUUGUUGAUGAUCAGGGCUGCCAGUGAAAUGCCAGAUGGCAUUGAAAUUAUAUUGGGUUGGGUUUUUUUUCAAACUGAAAAGUUUUAUAACAGUGUGGUGUCUUUAGAAUAUAUAAAAGAAUAGAUAGAUUUGGUUGUCUCUUUCUGGAUUUAAAUAUCAUGAAGACAGCAAAAGCUCCUCAUAUUAUCCAUUAAAGUAUUUAAUAUGCUCAAGAAUCAAUUUUCAGUAGCUGCUUUUAUCACAAAUAUAGUGCCGGUAUCAUCAUUGAAUAUGACAUUUUUUUUAGGAUGUCAUUUACUCUUUGUUGGAAAAGUCUGCAUGCAAGUGAGAGGUAAACAAUAGCUUCUGAUCUGCUUUGAGUGAGACAAGAAAAUGUCACUUUCAGGAUGUCCUUAUUGAAAAAAGAGCAGAGAUAAAAAUACACUAAAUAACGAGAAUCAAACACAUUGGUCUAUUCAAUUUUAAGGUUUAGUGCUGUCACAUUAAAUAAUCAUUGGCCACAGAAAUAUGAAUGCCUGGUAGCCACAAUUAACUUUUGCCUUUGGCAUUACUCUGAGUAUGUUUAUGUCUGCCUCAGGUGUCUCCAGUCAUUUGAUGUCUGGCUUCAACAAAGCUGCAUUGAUUAUGAGUGUAUUAUCAGUGAAUGUUUGUGAAAAGUUUGUCAAAUUUUUCUUCUUAAUGUCUUCCAUCUCCACUGCACCAUAUUGUUUCCUUGUGGUACAGAUUUUAUCGAAUAGACAUCAGUUUACUGUUAGAAGUUCUCAUAUUUUUGUUGUUGGUUGGACAGUUAUCUUGUCAUAGUGAUGGUGCAUGAAAACACAUUGGUCAAUAUGAUCCACUAUUGCCAAAUGCUGUGAUCUGACUUUCCAAAUCUUUUCCCAGUUUAAAAAAAAAAUUAAAAUUAAUGUGUGGAUUUACGAGUAAGGUUUGUUUCUGAAUGAUUAAGAGUUGUUGAUGCAGAAUUUUGAUAUAGAGGGUAUAACAAGGAGCAUUUUGUAAAGUUUUGUUAGCAUGGACAUGUGAUUGAUCCUGAAAGAAUAGUCAUUUUUAUCUCAACGGUAUUAAAAUUGUGGGUGAAGGACUGCAAACUUGUAUGAAGAAUUCAAGUCCUUCCUUCUUAUUUUUGUUUUGUCUUUAAGUUGUGAAGGAACAAUUUCAUUGCAAGUCCUUGUUCUUGUUUUGUUUUUUCAUGGACAUAAUGAUUAACUACCUCCUCGAAUUCCUUUCAUUUUUGACUUCCAGCGAGUGCUGACAGUGUAUCUUAGUGUCUGGUAUUGUUGUUUGUUUUUGUUUCUGAGAUUUCAUGUAUGCAUGGUGGCAUUUAGUGGUCAGCUUUGAAGGAAUGAAGACAAACUUUGUCGUACCGUGGCAGAUUUAUUUGCAGAGGCCAAAAAUCUGAAUAGUCAAAUUUACCUUUUUGAUGUCCAAAACAAGGUGGCGUAUGUUUGGACAUAGCUCUCUUUGGGGCACCUUUGACUAUGAGUUUGUAUUUUCUAUCUUCAGAUUUGUGAAUUUGUAAAGUUUUGAGACAGUCUCCUGUGAUGAAGUUGGACAGAGUCUUAAUGAGACCUUCCACAUGAUCCAGUCUAUCUCAGCGGUAAUCUUUAAAGUAUUUGUGGUGCAUAAAUAGUACCUGGAGGUAGUCACCCUUUUUUUAAGGCUUAUUAAUGUACACAUACUUUCUUUAGAACUGUGGUUAGUGUUUUUCUCGGGGGAGAUUCAUAUGGGUACAUGAUCAAGAUGGUGCUAUUAGAAUGUAAACAAGCGAGUGUGUGAUCAGUGUUUUUCUGCUCAGUACUGGAGGGUUUAAAACAAUAAGAAAGACUUACAACUUUGAACAGAGCACUCCUGUAAAAUAUGAUGGCUCUCAAGGGCUUAUCACUUUGUCCCCAAAGGACUCUGAUCAGCAACAGUAAGAAGUGGUCUCUUUUCCCCACAGGAUGCCGAUUGGCGACAGUGAUAUAGCAACAAAAACGUAGGAAGAUUUCCUUUUAGACAUAUGCACUUGUUAAAGUUAUAACUUUCUGAAUGAUUUAGUGGCUUUUGAGCACAAAAGUCAGUUUGUAUACAAUUGAAAUAUCUUUAAAAAUGUCAAGUAGACCUAGCAUGAGUGCUGCUUUACAUUGACACCAUGACCAUGAUUCAGAUGAUGAAUGUGCUAGAUCUAAUGGUUUUAGUUCUGAUUCUAAUUCCAGUUUUUGGUGAAUAUGCGAUCAUCGUGUACAAGUUUUCCCAAUGUACUGAAAAUUUCAUAAUGAUUGGGGUAUUUUUGCCGAGAUACAGGUGAUGUACCCCAUCUGAAUCCUGGUACCUGGGGACAAAGGUUUUGCGCUCUGCGUGCUGGGUUGGUGGAAAGUGUUAAGUACCGUACUGAAUUAAAUGGAUCAUGUGGGGGUUGUCUCAAAGUUUUCACUUCACUCAUCUCAUUAUUGUGAUGGAAAGAUCAUGUGCAAAUGCUAAGAAUGUGUUUCACCCCACUGUAAUUGGAAAUUAUUUCGUUGCUUCCCUGUCUUAUUGGGAAAUAUUUUUUCAAAUGUUCAAAACUCCCUUGCCCAUUUUUUACCUCUGGUUCCCCGUUUGCAGUGAAUACUAAAGUUGUGUGUGCUUGAGAACUGACUACUGGAAGCUCUGUGACUUUGCAUAGCUAUUCUACUAAGGCAAUUGUUUAUGCCAAAUUUAAAAAAAAAAAGAAGAAAA